CUUGACUGCAGGUAUAUGUAUAUAGCACUGUGUUGUAUUCCGAGCAGGAUUAUAACCCAACCUCUCCAAGCUGUGUGGUCUCCCAACCUGUGACUAAGUAACCUACACUGUGACGAAUUUCACUGUUUCACCCUAAGUCGGACACUUACGUGUAGUGCCUUUCUGUUCAUUGUUUUUUCACUGAUCUCCAAGUCAAGCUUGAACAUCAGGAACAUCACUGUACAGCUCGGAACUUAUCGAUAUCAGCAGAAUACCCUCAGGAACCCAAUACAAAACAAAGGACCUAGCCGAACUACCCAACAAUUUGGGACGACAUCCCUGACUUCUACAGAAAAUGGCAGACUCGGCUAUGGAUGGCUGUGACGGGAAAAACAUUGUAGUUUUAGCUGUGGACACCAGUGAACAUUCGGAAUGGGCAUUUGAUUGGUACGGCGCCAACUUCCACAAGCCCGGAAACAAAGUGCUUCUUCUCCACUGUCCUGAAAACUAUAUAAACGCUACUACCAUGAGUCCUGGUCGGGUAGCGGAGUUACAGAGAGAGGUAGAGGGAAAAUCGUGUGAUCUCAAGCGGAAGUUCAUAGAGAAGGCCAACAAAUUAGGGAUAGAGGCUGAGUUUAAGGUGGAGUCUGCCGAAAAACCUGGCCAUGCAAUUGUCGACGUGGCAACCAAAAGUGAAGCUGCCUUCAUCGUGACCGGGACAAGAGGGAUGGGUAAGAUUCGGAGAACCAUCUUGGGCAGUGUUAGUGAUUUUGUAGUACACCACGCUCCCUGUCCAGUCCUUGUCUGUCGUCACAAAGAAAAAUAGAAGACAUCGCACUUAUCCAAGGCCACACGGGAGCAAAUGUAAACGUCGAACUCCAUUACCAGAGCCUUCUGUCAUUGAUUACAUUCUAUUUAAAUCCAGAUGUCAUUUUCGAUAGACAUUAUGAGAGUUUCUUUGAGAGUACUAGGCAUUCGUGUUAAGACAUCAGUAUAUCACAGAAGAAAGCAUGGGUUACAUCGUAAGGGAUUACUUUUCUUAUAACUUAUGUAGCUAAUUUUGUGGAAUUUCAGGUGGAUGUGCAAUAUAAAGAUAGAGUCGUCGUUUAAUUAUGCUAUUAUCGAGUGUGUAUGAGUAUACAGGUAUGUGAAGUAUGUACGUGUGAUACAAUCUUUGUAUUAUAUGUAAGAGAGGGAUUCGUGUGUUGUCAUAUCUAAAUUAACGUUGUGACGUGUUUAUGUUAUCGACCAAUCAGAACCGCUUUUGUGAUAUGUAGAUCAACGAGAACACACUCACGUGCUUGAGCAUUUUGUGAUGUGUUGACAUCCCUGUAAAUCAAAUAGUCAGCAUUGCACUCUUUGUGGAAAUAAGAAGUCAUUCUGCUACUUGAUCAUGCCCAAAGGAAGCGUAAGGUUUCAGGAAUACGAACACGUGAACCAAUCCUUAGCUGAUUUGAAAAGUAAUUCUUGUCGACCUACUUUCGAUUAAUCGUCAGCCUGAUUGGGGAAAGAUUAAAACAAUGAUAAAACUCCCUUAUAGCCUAGUUUGUGACAUUAUAUUCUUGAUAAUAUGAGGUAGGAUAAAUUUCAUUUCCCUUCAGAGUCACAGAUCUAAAUGUGUCGGUAUUUGACACCACUGUUCGAGGUAUCCUUGGCUAGAUAUUUCUAUAAAACCUUAGUUUCAGGCUUAUAAUGAUUGUACACCAGUUUUAUAACUUCCAGUUGAGCUUACGCUUCCUUUGACAAUGGUUUAAUCAUCAAUCAGGCUUUACUUGUACAUUAUAUACUUGCUAUAUGCAGUUGUUUCGUUUUCAGUAAUGAACUUCCUAUAUGGAACUCUUUAAAACUGCAAAAUGUAAUGUAACUCCAACGUACUGUUAAGUGGCAAAGACAGUUGCUUUUACUUCUCGUUCAAAAGUAGAAAUCUCGUGGCACGUCUCGUGUGAACCGUUUCCAUUUUUUGAUGUAGUAUAACAUUUUCUCACUGGCAUAUUAUGAAAUAUAAUUGUAAUUCCUAGUGAGCAAUACUUUUUGGUCCAGUAUGGAAGGAUACAUUUACAGAAUGUUGACACAUUGGCGUUGAUUUCAUAUUUCCUAUGUGAAAGUGGUAUGGUCCUUUUAAUAAAUGUAUUCAAUGGUUGAUUUUCAGCUUUUGAAGUCGUUAAACACGUAUGAUAAUGUCAUCCAUGUAUGUGUUGAAUAAAUUCCUCGUAAACAUG